AUGCGCUCCCUCUUCUCGCGCUCCCCGGAUCUCGAAGGAGGCCAAAAUCGCAGCACGUACAAAAAAGGUUUCACAGGCGAUCAUCGCGGACGCACACACAUCCCUCCGAAUCCCUCUCCUCUCUUCUCUCCACACGCCCAACAUUCGCCCUUUAGUGUUCCCUCGGCGUCCUAUAGACAUGAUACGAUUUUUCGGCCGCCGCCUAGUCCGAGUCCAAAGAGUGGGACGUUUAGUGAGAGGGAGUGGGGUGUGGGUAUGGGGGAGGGGGAGGGGAAUGGGGGUGCGAGUGGGAAUGGAUUGGUUGAUGAGAGAUCAGGUUUGGAUCGCUUGGAUCAGGAGCAACUUGCUCGUCUUCAUGAAUAUUUGGGUGUUCUUCCCGCAAGAGGAACAGGAAUCGGAACAGGAAUCGGAACUCCUCCGAGUGGAAGAAGAGGGUUUAGUAUGAGUGAUCCGAAUGAUCGGGAUCGCGCUCUUCGUAUUUCACCUACUUCUGUACCUGCCAGUAUACCUCCUCCUGCUGCUCUCCCUACACCCCUCUCUCCACACUCCCGACUCAAGAAAAAUCUCAAGCAUCAAGUUGCGGAACAGCAGUUUCGGUCGAAUAGAAAUGGGAGUGUGGGGUGUGGUUGUGAGUGUGAUGUGUUAGGGGAUGAAGAUAAGGAGGUGCAUUACCACUCGCGGGUUUUUCGGGAGGCGUUGAGGAAUGCGUUGGGGGGUGUGCAGAGGGAGAUGGGAGUUCAGGGGGUGGGGAGUGGGGAUAGAGAUAAAGAUAAGAAUGGAGAUGUGGAGGGAAGGAAACCGGUCAUGCAGAGAAGAGGGGCGAGUGAGGGGGUGAGAGAAGGUGGAUUUACGGGACCGAUGGAGAGGGAGAGGAAAGAGGAUGUGUCGCCGAGGGAUCUGAAGGAGUUUUUGGAGGAAUAUGAUCCUCGACCGGAGGAUUUGCCGGAUGUAUACCCAAUGGGUGAACAUAGAGCAAUGCUGCGAACGAUGUAUUUGGAGGAUAUCUUGCACGCGACGGCGAAAUUGCAUAUGCAUAAUUGGAUUUUGUUGAGUCGGAAUGAGAAAUAUGAGGAUUUACGCAUUCCCGCCCGCUGGGACCAAAUCCAAGAAGAUCUCGAAAAAUACACCCGCUCUAUCCGCAACUACACCUACUGGCUCCGCUCCCCCAUGGCGCUCCUCGAACUCCCCAGAUCAUCUCUUCCCCCGCGCUUCCAUCUCUACGGCAAACAACUUGCGAUUCUCGAGUGUGCGCGCGCGUGGAAUCUUCCGCCCGAAAGAGAGUGGAUUGGUGAGUUGGAGAGGAAGCUGGUCGCGUAUCAGACGGAUUGGAGUGUGAGUAAUGGGGUUUGGGCGGGUGUGAGGAGGGGGGCGAGGAGGAGGGGGGAAAGAGGGGGAAGUGGAUGGGGAAGGGGAGUGGGGAGGUUUGUGGGGGGGGUUGUGGGUGGUGGUAGUAUCCUCGCGCCCAUCAGCAUCCUCAUUCUCUGGCCCGGCGGUAUAUCCCACACCGCCGGCGUAGGAAUCAUCGGAGUCAGCGUCGCAAUUAUGGGCAUCAUACUCGUAUGGAUUAUGGAUGGAGGAGGAGAGCACAAAAGUGGAUGGGAGGGUAUGGAGGGGGAGAGAGGUGUUGAUGGAGAUGGAGAUGGAGAUGGAGAUGGGAAAAGAGGGUUUUUGGGAGGGGGAGAGCGAGAAUGGGGGGUAAAGGGUGUCAUGCUGGUUUUGGGAGCGUAUGCGGCGGUUUUGGCGGUGUUUUUGGGGGUAGCGGUUUUGUAG